CCGGAUGCGGGGACUCCGCCCCCUGGCUCCCGGAAGUAGAAGGGUCUGGCGUUGCCAUGGCGGCGUCUCUGGGGCAGGUGCUAGCUCUGGUGCUGGUGGCCGCCUUAUGGGGUGGCACGCAGCCGCUGCUGAAGCGGGCCUCCGCCGGCCUGCAGCAGGUGCAUGAGAAGACGUGGGCCCGGCAGCUGUUGCAGGAGAUGAAGACUCUCUUCUUGAAUACUGAGUACCUGAUGCCCUUUCUCCUCAACCAAAGUGGCUCCCUUCUCUACUACUUGACCUUGGCAUCAACAGAUCUGACUUUAGCUGUGCCCAUCUGUAACUCCCUGGCCAUUGUCUUCACACUGAUUGUUGGGAAGGUCCUUGGAGAAGACAUUGGUGGAAAACCAGUGGCUGGCAUGGUGCUCACCGUCACGGGGAUCACACUAUGCGUCUCAAGCUCAGUGACCAAGACCCAGGGCCAGCCGACCUCCUCUUGAGCGGGCCAAGCCUGGCCUUCAGUUCUGCUGUGCUCAGCAGGUGCUGCAGGGGGAUACACCAGCUGGCCUCUCUGAGCUUAGCUUCCUCAUCUCUGGGAUCACAUCUACCUCAGAGUCACAAUAAGAACUGCAUGGUCCAGAGUUCCAGGACAGCCAAGGCUACACAGAGAACCCUGUUUCAAAAAACCAAAAGAAAAAGAAAGAAAGAAAAGAAAAGAACAAAGAAGAAGUGCAGCCCUGGGAAGGUUUGUAACCUUUGGUGGGUUCGGCUGUUGUUGAGAUUUAGCACUGGACCCAGGAGUGGUGGCGCGUGCCUGUAAUCCCAGCACUCGGAAGGCAGAGGCAGGCAGGCGGAUCACUGGGUUCCAGGCCAGCCUGGUCUACAGAUCGAGUUCUGGGACAGCCGGGGCUACAGAGAAACCUUGCAUUAGAGGGAGGAGACUGAUAUAGCACUGGAGACUGUACACCCGCCCAGCAGCCUCCGCCCCAGCAGCCUCUGCCUGCUGUCAUCUCAGGCACUGUUCCCCUGGCCUGCUGGCCUGCUCUAAUAUCAGAGUCCACAGAGCCUCCACUACAUGGAAAGGGCUGGCUGCAGUCUCUGAACCAGGACUGUGUGUCUGGAGGCUUCCGCAACCCCACUACAGUCUCUUGACUGACUUGGGGUGGAAUUCAGGGAGAGUGAUUACAGCAGAAUGCAGUGGGAGAAAAAUGAGCUUGCCCUGGGCAAAAAUGCUCACCUGCCAGUCCCUCAAGUGAGCAGACAGCUGUGUGCCAAGCAGCGCCAAGCUGCAGCAAAUACCUGUAGCAGCUUUCAGUAAAUGUGCAGCAAACAAA